CGCCGCGCCCCGGCCGGCGCCGAGCCGGGCAAGGCGGUUUAUAUAGGGUGCCCCGCUCUCGCCCGGCGCAUGGAGCCGCAGCCUCCCUCUCCCGCUCUCUCCCGCAAGGUGAUGCCGCCGGAGCCGCUGCCCAAGGGGAGCGCCCGCUGCCUCGACCCGCACUCCCGCGCCAUGUCGCAGCCCGAUGGGGAGCCGCUGCCCGGCGCCCUGGAGAAGGAGGACGCCCGCUCGGCGCCCAGCACGCCCUCCACGCCGUCCGUCUGCUCCCCGCCAUCCUCCUCCUCUUCCUCCACGCCGUCGGCCGGCAAGAACGUCUGUUCCAGCUGCGGGCUGGAGAUCCUCGACCGGUACCUGCUCAAGGUGAACAACCUCAUCUGGCACGUUCGCUGCCUGGAGUGCUCCGUGUGCCGCACCUCGCUGCGGCAGCAGCACAGCUGCUACAUCAAGAACAAGGAGAUCUUCUGCAAGAUGGAUUAUUUCAGCCGGUUUGGUACAAAGUGUGCCCGCUGCGGCAGGCAGAUCUACGCCAGCGACUGGGUGCGGCGAGCGCGGGGCAACGCCUACCACCUCGCCUGCUUCGCCUGCUUCUCCUGCAAGCGGCAGCUCUCCACCGGCGAGGAGUUCGGCUUGGUGGAGGAGAAGGUGCUGUGCCGGAUUCACUACGACACCAUGAUAGAGAACCUCAAGCGAGCAGCGGAAAACGGCAACGGGAUCACGCUGGAGGGGGCUGUGCCCUCGGAGCAGGACAGCCAGCCGAAGCCGGCCAAGAGGGCUCGCACCUCCUUCACCGCCGAGCAGCUGCAGGUCAUGCAGGCACAGUUUGCUCAGGACAACAACCCCGAUGCACAAACGCUCCAGAAGCUGGCGGACAUGACGGGGCUGAGUCGGAGAGUCAUUCAGGUUUGGUUUCAAAACUGCAGAGCCCGCCAUAAAAAACACACCCCCCAGCACACGGUGCCGCCCUCGGGAGCCCCCCCGUCCCGCAUCCCUUCCUCGCUCUCCGAUGACAUUCACUACUCGCCCUUCAGCAGCCCGGAGCGGGCCCGGAUGGUGACGCUGCACGGAUACAUAGAAAGUCAUCCUCUUUCAGUACUGACUGCGCGAACUCUUCCUCAUCUGCCCAUGGCGCUACCAGCACCACUGCCCCUCAGCCGCUGAAACACAGCGCCCAGCCCAAGGCAACUGUUAUCAGUCACGCAGGAGAAACUCAGAUCCAGCAUUCUCAGUUAUUUCCAUUGACCAGCACCUAACAUCCACUAUUAUUUCUCCAGCGACACUCUGUGUAUGUGUGUGUUGAGUGCAGAGUUACAUUUUUCACUUGUUUCUUGUGGACUUGUAGAAUGACCGUGAGUCUCUCCAAGGCGAUGCCAGACACAGUCAAAAUUAGUGACUCUACUGUGCUUGCAAAUCUUGCUCCCAAACCCAUGGGAAUAUGAACAAACCAGAACAUGCUGAGUCUCGGGGGGGGUCGAUGAUCACCUCUGAACAUAAAGGAAGGAGGAAUUUACGUGGUUUGGCCUGAUUCUCUUUUUGCACCAGUGAAGCGCUGUCGGUUCCCGGACAUCCCUCCUUAUUUCCACUUGCACGUGUGAAAUCUGAAAUGGGCUUUUUGUCUCAGCAACUCGAUAUAUACACAGACCUUCCUGAGCCAAACUCGCGGGUGGCUGAGACUCCACUAAGUGGAAAACACGAUGCCAGCUGGAAAUAGGCAGUUUUUCUUCCUCCUCAAAGUGCUUUAGAAUCACAUGUCCUUUGAUCACUCUAAGGUAAGUAAAUCUUAGUGUUUUUCCCCCCCGUUUUAUAGGAGGGGAAACUGAGAUGUCCUAAACUGAAAGGAACCGUGGGGGUUGGUGGCAGAGCCAGGUUUAGCACCCUGAAGUUUUUGAUUGCUGACUCGUUCUUAGAACACUGAAUAUCUCUCUCACAGCCAUCUGCCAAAUCUUCUUCUUUUUUUUUUUUUUUUUUUUUUUUUAGUUUUUACUCUUGUUCUUUUUUAACAAGCUACUUUAUUUCCUUGGAGUCAUAUUGGAUCACAAAUGGGUGAUUUCAGAAUGUACCUACACAAAACUGUCAGACACUCCACACUCUGGGAAAUCGUCAAUGGAAGCUGGCCGUAAAGGCGUAGAAAUGUUCUGCCCUGGUGUGGACCCAAGUUCGGUCAGUGGAAACAGCGGGGUAGAAAGUGGAGACCAGUUAAAAAGGCGAAAACCGCAGUAAGGCCAGCAGGAGCCAGUGGCUAGCUGAGCGGACAGCAAGGUGAUGGCAUGUUCCUUUAUCUGGCAGCACGGCUGCGCUCCCCUCGGCCCUCCUGUUGUGCUCCCUUGCUGGAGCACGGCCGCGGCUCCUGCCAAGCCCCGGGACAAAGGCGCAGCCCGGGAGGACUGCCGCCGGCGGGGCAGGCACCGCAGGGCUCGCUGCAACAGCAAAGGAAGCGCUCAGCAGUCUGGCCCCAAAUCAGGAAAAAACUCCGAAAUGAUCCUUCAUUGACGGUAAUAACAAAAAGUAAACAAGUAGCCUUUGCCAGCCCUUCUCAGUUUGCACCACGCCAAGAGCAGGUCUGUAACGAAACCUCUCUCCGCGCAAGCACAGGGGUCUGCCUUGCUGCUAAGUGUCUGUGAGGCCACGUUUCCAAGAAUGUGAAAGCCUACUAUGAGCCACAGUUAGCGCGUAAGAGGACUGAACUGUGCCUGAGGAACAGAAGACAGGAAUCCAUCCGUUACGUAACUUGUUUUCAAUUCGAACUGCAGAUAACACGUGUUUUUCUCUCUGGGAGAUGCUGGAUCAGUCUCCGCCGUCGGCCGGGUGGUCAGCCAGCCCCGGGGCUCGGCCAGGCCGCACUGCACGCACGGCAAGCCUUCUCCCGCCCGUGCCCCCCGCGCUCCGUGUGACGCUGACGCCCGGCCGCGGGGCACGCUCGCCGCUCGGGGAACGGCGCGAGGCGGCGCGGGUGUCUGCUGGGGUGGCCACCGAGAUCUCUUGGUUUGAGAAAUGACCGAGUACAAGCAUGCAUUGAUGCUCGUUGGAACAAAUAUAUACAGAGGUAUAUAUAUACACACACGCGCACGCACACACACAUACCUCUCUGUGUGUGUGUAUGUAUAUAUAUUUCCAAAAAAUGCAGAGCGUGUGCGAUGGUAAUACCUUGGACAGUUAGGCCAGUAUUCUGUCUAAUUGCAACCAGCAGCUAGCAGCUCUAUCCCCGAUUUAAAAAAACAUGUGAAAGGAGAGAGGAAAUUAAGUCUGCGAAGUCUUAUUGUCACCUCCUGACGUGCGAAUAACCGUUCCCAGUGUGUAGCCAGCGACAAGGCGCUCCCGCGCGCCUGACCUGGCCGGAGCCACUGCCGCAGGGCCGUCCCCUCGGGGAGGGGGCAUCACCAGUUGCACCCGUUGCAGUCACUUUUGUCCCCGUCCCCGUCGCCGGCCGUUGGUGGAGCCUCUGGUUGCGGGGGCUUUGCUGCGGCCGCCCGCGCGCGCUGGCGGCGGGCGGCAGGGUCGCCGCGGCCCGGCUUGCUUCUCCGUUUGUGCUCGGGCAUCCUAACGAUCGUUUCGUUGUGGAAUUGGUGCCAUAAACGAAUGGGUAGUUAUUUAAGACUGAAGGAGAGACUUCAGGCUGUAACUUGACCUGACAUCCCACAGUACUUGAGAUUUCCACAACUGUUUUGUCGAGGGAGAAAACGGUUUGAUGCAUUUCUCUUCUGUCUCGGCGGUGCAAUGAAAGGGAAGCUGUUAAAUAUGUAUCUGCUAAAUAUCAACUUAAGUUACGGAUCAAAAAAAAAAAAAAGCCACCCGUGAAAUGUACUGUAUAUCAAAGUUUCUGUAACCGAUACCGCCGACAGGACCGGAGUGCAAAGCAGAGGGAGCGCGGGGGCUUCUCGCCGUGGCAGUGGGCUCCCCAGCGCCCGUGGGGCGAGCUGCCCCGCACCGGCUGUGCUCCGGGGCACCUUCCCCCGUAAGUAGCCAGGAGCAGCUUUGCUAAUUCAGAAAUCAGGCUCUGUUUAUAUUAAGCCCAAAUUGUUUGCAAAAAAAAAAAAAAAAAACUGGAAGCAAUUCAGCUUGUGCAGUUUUAGAGCUAAUUAUGUGUAUGGAAAAUAGUCAACUGUACCAAGAAUGUAAGAAAUCCUCUAAUUUAUUCAAUACAUUGUUUCACAACAUAUUUCACACUGACUGUUGCCACUGAACCAAACCUUAUCUCAGGUCAUUUGCAUUCAUCUCCUGUCUGUAGAUUUAAAAAAAAUAAAAUUAAAAUCAUUCUCAUUUUCUUAGUUUAUUCAGUAAUUGCCAAAUGGGUUCUGGUGCAGCAAUGCAGACUCCACGUACUAAACUUUUCCAGUUGCUAUUUACAAAACCUUUUGCAGACAAAAUGCAAUGAAGAUAGCCAGUGAAAGGCUUUUCACUCUAGUUUAAUAAGGUAACUAAAUAUGGCUAGGGUCUGAAAGUGGAAUGGUUUACAGUUUUACUGCCAAUUUUUUUUUUUUUUUUUGGCUCAUGCUGGUUAACCCCAAUGCCCGAGUUAAAGGUGCUUACACAACUUACUAGUUGGGACAGGGGAGUGGGAACAAAUCCUGCACUACUAUCAGUGAUAUAUCUGUAGGAUGCCAACUAUAGACACAUCAGUUUUAUUUCAUCCGCCAAUCAUUUUGUUGUAGCAUGUUGCAAUUCUGCAUGUCUUGGCUACAAUGGUUAAAAAAAAUUUCUCUGAAUGAGUGGACAGUCAAGACUAAUAUUUAUUUUAAAAAAGUAAAACUAAAUUGUAAGCACUUUUUUGUAAAACCAAUGUCUGUUUUGUUACAUACUUUUAAUGUUGUGCUUUGUAAAUGUCUUAUUUGUGUAAUAAAUAAAGUUAAUGCAAGUAGAAGUGCUGGCACUUACAUCCAGAAAA